CUCUCCUUCACUGUCGCACUCACUCUCUCAGGCUCUGUCUCUCUUACUCCCCUCCUGCUCUGAAUGCCCUUCUUUUUUUUUUUCUUUUCCUUUUGCGCCGCAUGCUCAUAUUGUGCUCCGGACCGCUUCACUCCUUGUUCCUUCUCUGUGUUGCUUCUCUCUCUCUCUCAUACAAGUCAUCAUGUCCCAAAAAGAAGACUAAGCAGCUGAUGUGCGCCAGCGGGGAUCUGACGAGCUUCUUUCUUCUGGUUUCACUAACGGCCCUUCUACCAUGAGCAAUUCUACUCCAUCUACAGCUAAUGGCAACGACAGCAAGAAGUUUAAAGGAGACCGAUCUCCCUGUGCCCCCUCCCGUGUUCUUCACAUCCGCAAGAUUCCCCUCGAAGUCACCGAAGCAGAGGUCAUCUCACUAGGAGUCCCGUUUGGCAAAGUCACCAACCUUUUGAUGCUGAAAGGGAAAAAUCAAGCUUUUAUAGAAAUGGCUUCCGAAGACGCAGCUAUCACUAUGGUGAACUACUACACCACUGCUACUCCACAUCUUCGCAACCAGCCCGUUUUCAUUCAAUACUCUAACCACAGAGAACUAAAGACAGACAACUUGCCCAACCAAGCUCGAGCCCAGGCUGCCCUACAGACAGUGAACGCAGUGCACUCAGGAAACAUGACACUGUCCAGCUCAGCGUCGGCCAGCGACGGCACCUUAAUGCCAGGCCAGAGCCCCGUGCUGCGCAUCAUUGUGGAAAACCUCUUUUACCCAGUGUCUCUCGAAGUACUGCACCAGAUCUUCUCAAAAUUUGGGACAGUCCUAAAGAUCAUCACUUUUACUAAGAAUAACCAAUUUCAAGCCUUGCUACAGUAUGCUGAUCCUAUGAAUGCACAUCACGCCAAACUGACUUUGGAUGGCCAGAACAUCUACAAUGCAUGCUGCACGCUGCGUGUUGAGUUCUCCAAGCUGACCAGCCUUAAUGUAAAAUACAACAACGAUAAAAGCAGAGACUUCACUCGUGUUGAUCUUCCGUCUGGUGAUGGGCAGCCGACGCUGGAUCCUAGCAUGGCUGCAGCUUUUGGUGCCCCUGGAAUUAUUUCUUCACCCUAUGCAGGAGCUGCAGGUUUUGCUCCAGCCAUUGGCUUCCCCCAGGCUGCAGGUCUCUCCAUGCAGACCGUGCCGGGUGCUCUAGGUCCGCUGACAAUACCAGCCUCCGCCAUGGCGGGGCGCAUGGCCAUCCCCGGAAUGACUCCUGCAACAGUGCAUUCGGUGCUUCUCGUCUCCAACCUCAACCCAGAUAGCAUAUCUCCACAUGGGCUUUUCAUCCUGUUUGGAGUCUAUGGGGAUGUGCACAGAGUUAAGAUCCUGUUUAACAAGAAAGAAAAUGCCUUAAUACAAAUGGCAGAUGCAACUCAGGCUCAGCUGGCCAUGAGCCACCUCAACGGCCAGAGGCUCCACGGCAAGGUGAUCCGGGUGACCAUCUCCAAGCACCAGACCGUGCAGCUGCCCCGCGAGGGCCAGGAGGACCAGGGCCUGACCAAGGACUUCAGCAACAGCCCCUUGCACCGCUUCAAGAAGCCCGGCUCGAAAAACUUCCAGAACAUCUUCCCGCCCUCCCCGACCCUGCACCUCUCCAACAUCCCACCGUCAAUUACAGAUGAUAAUCUGAAAGACCUAUUUGCUGGUACUGGAUACACAGUGAAGGCCUUCAAAUUUUUCCAGAAAGACCGGAAGAUGGCCUUAAUCCAGCUGGGUUCUGUGGAAGAGGCCAUCCAGGCACUCAUCGACCUUCACAAUCAUGACCUAGGAGAGAACCACCAUCUCAGAGUGUCUUUCUCCAAGUCUACAAUCUAAUGGCUCGCUGGGAACUGCCCCCCAAAAGACUCAGCCACCAGAUUUUUUAACUCGAGUGAUCGAAAACAAUGAAUGGACUUGAUAAGUGCAGAUAAUCAGAUUCAAAAACUUUAAAUGAAAGGAAGACGAACUAAAAGAAGCCUUCAGACAGAGACUGAAGCAUUCAGAGCCUAGCGGUGCCGCUGGGUAAUUGUUGCAGUCUGCGAGUGAGCGAUGCCUCGUUGUUCUGAUGCAGAUGGAGUAGCAGGACUUGGGGAUUUAUCGGCAAGCUUGCAGUCCUGUUCUCAGCGUUUGAGUAGAACUCCCACUCGGCCGGCUGUCAGAACAUUACCCUUAUGAGUCUGAACAAGCAGCUGCAACCCCUACUGUGUUCCAGGACUGCUCAAAGAGACAGCAUCCUUUUAGUGAGAGUCAUUGUAUAGCGAAAUCCAGGCUGUUUGCCGAUGGGGUGCACAAAUCAAACCUGCACAACAAGCCGGUUCUCCUUUAUUUUUCUUGCUUUCUUUUAAGCAAGCUUUACAGAAUGGGGAGGAGGGAUUCUUGCACCUUAAUAGCUCCAGUUACUGUGCAAAGGCUUUUCCAUAAGUGAUAGGCGUCUGUGAAUAACUGGUAGUAUAGAACAUGUUUUAUUUGCUUCUGCACAGGGGGUUUCUAAACAAAGAUGACUUUACUUCCACCACCCAUUCCACGUAAUACCCCCAUCAAAGGACAGAAUUACAGACAUGAGGAGUUUUUUUUCCUCUGGACCUACAAUGGAAACUACAAAUCAUCUUCAAGACAAUGCUGAGAUACAAGGCCAGUAGUGACCUUUCUCUAACACUCCUGUCUCAUCCAGUCUCCAGUUCUGCAGAGCAUGGCUGUCUCAAAUGCAACAAAUGAAUGUGAAAACAUAUCUCCUGAAAACUGUAUAUAGAUGGGAAGCUGUCCUUUUAUUUUAUCCUUUUACCUAAUGAAUUUUUUGACUAUCCUAUGAUUUCCAGAUGUCAAAAGCAAGCUCUGAGUACUUACGCCUUGUCCUGGCUUUCAGUCUUGCUCCAGCCCUUUUCAGUCCUUUUUGUUCCAUUCUGGGAUCCAGCUCGUGAAGAGCAAAGUGGUUGUCCCUUUUGCCUUGCAGUUACACAAGCCUGUGUGAGACUGUAGGACUCUCUCACCAGACCAAGCAUUGCAGUGAGUGAUGGGAAUUUAAUGAACGGGUGAAGCUCUGGCCAGACCACUCAUCCCAGUUUGGGAUUUGUUGAUAAAUCCUGUUGGAAAAGGAUGGAACCAAAAGCACCGUCUUUGCUGUGCCUGCAUGGUCCUGUGUCAGGCAGCUUAGUUGUAGCCUUAACAUUCCAAGGAGGGUUAUUUUCAUCCAUCCCAGUAGCAUAAAGGGAGAGGAACUCGACAGAGUUUCACCCUGACGUCAGCUAAUGUUGUGCCGGUUUGAUCCCCCGGAAAAAAACGCAUAUAUAUAUUAAUCGAAAGCAAGGCGAGGGACGCUGUCUCUUUCAAAAACGAAACUUUUCUGAAAUGAAACAAGAGUGAGCGCUUUUUUCCUGAAAAGAAAAUCUGAAAAAGUUUACAGUCUUAAAUGAAACAAAACUAUUCAGGUCUAUGUAUCUUAAGGAUUGUCAAGAUUUUUAAAAAAAGUUACUUAUUUUUGGUAAUUUGUUCUUUUUUACAGAAAAGAGAAAACAUCUGAAACCUCAUGGGGUUUUUGUACCACUAUAAUCACUCAAGAAAUCAUGGAAAACAAAUCACAUUUACUAUGUAUUUACUUAAUUUCUUAUUACGUGCCUUAUUACGUGCGCAUAAUCAAACAAUAGGUUUAGAAGUUUUACCUAAGAUAUCUUAUGUACUAUUUUGUGGGAUUGGUGAGAGGGUUGGUUUAUUUGACUUUAUUUUCUGUUGUCUUGUAGGGUUAUUUUAGAUGUGUGUGUAUAUUUGGGGGUUUCAUUACUAAAUGGUCUUUGGAAAUUGGGAAAGGCAGUUUAUUUUUGGUGCUCUAAAUCCACCUACUAGAGAAAUUAAAUUUAAGUGAAGUGUAAGGCGUGUGAUGUAGGCUUCUUACCCUUAUGUAGUCCAAGAAAGAAAAAGAGUUUUGAUCUGAAACCUUUACAAUCAGUUUUUGGAUGCUGGAAAAAAAAAAUUCUGUGUAUUAGAAGGCUUCAUUCCGUAACACUUGUAGAUUUGCGCCUACUCUUUUGACCGGAAGAAUGCAGCUGUCUUUGACAGUCAGGAGCCUUGUGAAUGUUUUGUUAAUGUGUAAUCGAAAUGUCAUGCUUUGUGUGUCGGUGUGAUGUUUGUGUAGCUGUGCACCAGGGCCUGAAGUUGCUGUUUUUUUUAGUUUGUGUCUCCUCUUUUCCCAGUUGUUUUUCCUCCAGCUGCUUUAAGAUCAAUAAGCAUUCCAAAAUGGGAUCAACUGCAUCUGUCCUAGCAAGGUGUUGGAGAAAUCAUGGGAACAAUGUUCCUUGUGGAUGAAGGCUGAAUUGUAACAGCGCUCCCUUUUGUUUACAAGAAGUGUACAGAUUCAAAGAAAAUAUUGUUCUUAGAAAAUAUUUGGUCCCUCACUAAUUUCUUACAGGUGCAUUCUCUAUUUACUGAAACUGUUCCAAUGACAUACUGUAUUUUCCCGAAUGCUUGGAGAAUCUCUGAAAUGACACUGUACAAGACUGAUUCGUCAGGUCAUGGCUGCUUCAUGGACUGAAAGAAGCGCAGAAUAUGCCAGUUUCUUUUUUUUUUUAGUUUCUCCUUAACUGUGCUCCGCUUGUUUUGAAAUUUACUGCAGCAGUGUCCAUGAGCGAUUCCCUCCUUGUAGCGCAGGCUACACAAGGAACCAACACAUCCGAGGUUGUAAAAGUAAAAAAUGCAGUUCCAAAGUUAAAGUGGCACUUCCAGUUCCAUAGGAAAGGAGAUGAAUUAACCUGUAACUUUGUACAGGGCUUUGAUGGAAGAGGUACAAAGACAGUUGGUUAAUAUUGUAUGAAACCGUGUUAUCUAGAUUCAUUUAUGGAACACGUUUUCACAAGGCUGGAUAGCCAACCUUCUUGCCAGGAUUGAAUUCUUUGUGGACUUGGAAUUUUUAAUGAAUUUCCAGAUUUUACUUCUUAUUGGAACUUUUUAAAUUAAUGAAGACAACGCUUAAAAUAAGAAAAUUAUGUAUGGUUUGUUUAGGCUAAUGAAAUCUCAAUCCUGUAUGUUUCAGCGAGGCCAAUUCAUUUUUUGUCCUUUUGCACUGAAAAUACACAGCUGAGAUUGCAAAGUGCAGUUUUCUUCAUCUCAGAUUGGUAUUUUAAAAGGAAAUGGCUUUAAAAAAGGCUGUUUUGUUGUACUCCAACAGCAAUGAUGUCUGAAAGAGUUUAUGACAAAUAGCAGCAAUUGCAACCUUAUUCUUAGUACAGUUUUCCCUCACAGCAGCAGGUCUGGCAACCACAGAACUUGCUUUCGCACUGUUUGCAUAUUGAGUUCUGCUCAAGGAAACUUUCAGAAGGCGCACAGCUUUUCCACCACUUUGUGACCGUUGUAACAUUGUCUGGCUGCUGGUCGUUUAGUUGCGAAUUUUUCACAUUAGCUCUCGGAUUUUAGUGCUCUCUCAAGGCUAUUCAAGACUUUUUUUUUUUAAGUCUCAGGAUCCAAGGCAGAUAACUUUCUGUUUGGUUCAUAAUUAGAUUUCAUUAUAUGUGGAAUUGGAACUUGUGGUAUUUUAUUUGUAAUUUUCAAGGGAUGAAUCUUUAAGUUAACUGUUGAUGGGUGUAACAUGGACAAUGGAAGCCCAACCCCUUAUGUCCUAUAUACAGUACUCACGUAUUUAUCAACCAAGAAGGUUUAGAAGAAAGGAUGGUGGGGGAAAACCUGUCCAUGAAAUAGAGGAGAAUGGUGUUUGAGGCUUUGUCUCUUUCACACACGCUUUUCAGCCUGGUGGUGUGGGGGUUAACCUCCGUUGUCUCCCAGCUCCAGGGUCCCGUGUUCAACCCCAGCUUAGGAACCCCUGUUUGUGUGGAGUUCGCAUGUUUCCUCUGCAUUUUUGCUGAGUGCUCCAUUUUUUUUCCCACCUCGCAAAGACAACUAGCUAGUUGAAUUGCGCCUCUCCCGUGGGAUUUUUAAGAUUUCGUACUUGUGCCGGGAGUGUGUUCCCAUAGAAUCCAGUACUGGCCCUGGGACUAGAAUGAAAGAUGCCCAGUGAGCACCAUAGGCUGAAUUGUCCCCUUUUCUUUCUGGCUGUUCUGAGAGUGACCUGAGCUGUUUCCUCCCUGGUGUUAAGACCAGUCUAUGAAAUGUAAACAUUUUGGAUGAAGAGUCUAUACAGGAUCCAAUUUGAAUACUGUAUCAGAAAGUUGUAGCUGCUUUGAAAGCAGUGGUUUUUAACUGAUCUGGAAUGGCGUUCCAACAAUGAUUUUUUAUUUAUAAAACAAAAACUUAAUUAAGUACUUAAUCUUAAAUUUAAGGUUUAAAUCUAAACCUUUUAGAAGAAAUUUUACUUUCAACUCAUUUGUACUUUCAGACUCUUGAAAUAGCAUCAUUUCUGUUUGAAAGUGGCAUAAGGAGCUGUGAAGACUGGAGGAAAACACUGCUUUUUGUACGAUUACAUUUAAAUGAUUAUUACCACAGUGAUUGUGAUAUGGUGAUUGGUGCAUAUAUGAUUCACUUUUAAAUUUAUAGUAAUUCUAAUUUAGUUAUUUGAAAAGGAAAGUGUUGAGUAAGUAAGUUUUUACAGAGGUAACAUUGGCCCUGUAGAGCAGAUUUCUUUUUAUCUCUUGGUUUUUAACUGAGAGCAGCUGGGAGAAUAGAAGCCCAUUUUAAUAUACAAAUAGACAGCCUAUAGAGACAACUUAAACAGUGAAAUUAUCAUGUGCUUGAAGUUCAACCACUCAGAUAAUACUGUUAAUGUUUUUGGACAUGACACAAUGCUUAUUAAUUUUCUUUUGUGUUACAUGAACUAAAUAAAAAUGUCUGCAUUAUCCAUCCUAUUGGAAUAUUUUGCAGGUACUGCACUCAUAAGAUUUUUUUCUGUAGUCUUUUGAAACAGUCGUAUUUAAUAUUGUUUGCCUUAACAUUUGACUCUGGCCCCUAUCCAGUUGAAUUUUAAAUGAGGCCAAUGUUGGAGGUUCCCUUUUUACCAGUUUGACAUGAAUAUGGUUUGCUUUUUUAGUACAGCAAGGUGGUCAGAGAAACUUCGCAGUUGCACACAAUCCCCCUGCUCAGCGAUUAAACAUUACGGUUAGAAAUGACAGCGUUCUGGGUAUGUACUGUGCAAUACCAGUCCUUGAGAACUGAAAUGCUGUUAGUACUGUGCAAACACUUUAGUUUCUUAUUGAAUGUUUAUAAACAUAUUGCGCUCAAGAGUCUAAAACGUUCGUUCUAUUUAUACAACCUGCUGCUAAAUCGGAAAGCCUCAAGCAAGACCUUGCUACCAACUGAUGUUUUUCUUAAGAAGCCUACAACAUGCGCUGGGUUUCAGGUGUCCCUAAGUUUUGCCGUUUGAGUGGAGCUAGCUGUCUGUUAUUUCUCAUCUGUGUGCUUUUGGGUUUGUAAUGUUAUUUACUGUAUCUUAUGUUACUCAUUUCGUGUUUUUUUUUUGCCUGUUUUGAUCUGCAGUGUGAUGUAGAUUCCCAUUUGUUUUUUGUUUUAAAGAGGAUGUGAAAUUGGCUAAGGCUGCUGUCUGCCACUCUGCCUCAUCACAGGCGUUUCGAGUUCAUGUUUUAUUUUCCUGCAUCUAAAAGGGAGUCUUGCCUUAUCACCAACCUUUCACUGGUUAGCUCCCGCAGUUAGUAUUAAUGCAUAGACUAGGGAAAGCAUAUUUUAAGAUAGGCAUCUCCAUUAAAUCACCUGUUGUUCAUUCUCCUGCAUUUUAAAAAAGAAAUCUCUGAAAUCUCUUUGCCUUGUUAAGACUUCUUUUAAAGAGGAGAAAAAGCCAGUCUCCAAACCCUACUACAGACAAAGAUGUCCGACUGUUGUGCUAACUUGUUCCAUCUUCACUUUCUUAGAAUUUCUUUGGACUUUCACAUACAAGACUGUAACAUUCUUGGAUCUGUCCGAUAGGUUGUCUCAGAUCUUGUCUUAAACCAGGACAAAGCAGUUUGGCCUGGAUUUUUUUUAAAACAAAAUCAACACAGUAAAUUGUUUUAUUUAAGGGUUUUAUACUGAAAAAAAACAGGACCAAAGUUUAUGUGCCUUUUAUUAAUCUUAUUUGUAACGUGUUUCCUCCUUCCUUGCUAUCAAGUCGAGCAGAAAUAGUACUUACGGUUUUAAAUUAGAAUGUUAUAAUUAUUUGAAGUCCGUUAUCCCUCAAAGAAGAAAAAAAAUCCAGAGUAUUUUUGGAUUGUUUCUCAUUCUUUCAGUUUAUGUAAUAAACAGUUCUUGAUCUCAGUGCCUCUGCUGUCCCACAAGCUUUGAAACAGCCUUCCUCUGCCGAAUAGGAGGAAGACACCAUAUCAAGCUACUUGCCUCAGAAUAGACCACAAUUCAGGUUUCAGGUGGCUCAGUGCAAACGGAAUCAAAAUUGUCUCCUAGUACAAACAGCAAAAGUUGUAAUUUACAAUUUCCUAAUGACAGUCUUUCUCACAGACAUUAGAUAUGGAGAAAACGGCCCUUUUGUACUUCCAGCUUUGUUGAUCUUACUACCACAAUAGGGGGAAUGCUUAAAUGCUUCACCUGCACUGACACUGCAUGUCAGUUGAACUUGCCAACCCUUCCUGCCCAGUAGUUUGUGAAGAAAGUUGAAAUUAGUUCCUUGAAUAUGUGAGUGAUUGUAGUUGUAACUUGUAAUUUGGCAUGUAAAAAAAAAUAGCUACUUGAGAUUGUCAUUUUUGUGUCUGUUGCUGCAAUAAUGUUACAAUUCCAAAAAGUUUACAGUCAAAUGCAAAAAGCUUUAAAGUAUUUUUUUGUUACAAAAGUUAGAUUAUACUAAUAUAUUGAAACCAAAGGAACAUUUUGUGAUUUGUUUAUUAGGUGUAUAUUCGUGAGUAGACCUUACAUUCAUUUUGAUUUUAUUAACCGCAUUUCAGUAGAGCGAUUUACAAUGCAUAUAUCUGACAAAAACAGUGCAGGGUGAUUCACUAACAUAAUUUUUAUAUUAAGUGGUAACUUUACCGAUGUUGAUUUCAGUGUAAUGUUUAACAAGCACUCUACUUUCUGCAUUCAAGAUGGUGUAGGAUGAAUAGUUGAGUCCCAGCUUUCAUGGCAGAGGCACAGGGAACUCGAACUGUCUUUAGGGACAUGAGCACAUUCAGACUUUCUUCAUUUGGUUGUGAGCUUUGAAAUUCCCUGUGUUGUUCCAUUUAUUUGAAUGUUUUCGACAAAAAGGAAACAAAACGUUGUAAAUAUUUUCUUUUUGGGGGGGGAAUCUGGCCAAAAAAAGGGGUUUUGGGAACAAGAUUAAAAGCAUAAAUGCGAAACUGGUUUUUAUAUUUUAAAUUAUGGAAAGAUAAACAUCAAUUGUCUUGUAUAUUUUGAUAAAGCAACAGUACCAGCUUUCAUUUGUAAAGCAGUUUGUGUGACAUUGCCGGGGGGUGGACUCCAUUUCUGUUGAGUUUAUGUAAUAAGAUGCAAAUAGAAGAUGAAAUAUUAAAGAAACAUAUUUUCUAAUUGCGCAGUGCAUGGUUGAGUGGAGUUUCUGUAUUUUGUACAAACCAUUUCUUUUAUGUUUUGUAUUGCCUAUUAUUAUUACUCAAGAUUCUCUGCUUUUUUUCCUAACCAACUUUAAUUGUAGCAUGCCUUGAAUAAAUGUCAUUACAUCUGUACUUUCCUCA